AUUUUUUACUUUCAUUUUGCAAUCAUAUUAAACGUCUUCGAUCAGUUUUAACGGUAAUUCUUCAAAAUGAUGAAUUCUUUGAUAAAAGCCGAAAUUGGAAAGACUGUAACAUGCAAAGAUACAACCAUCAAGAUUCAAGAAUACUUGGGACAAGGAUCAUUUGGAAUUGUUUAUAAAUGUCAAGAUCUCAACACUAACGAAACGAAGGCAUUAAAGAUUUUUAAUAUAAAUGACGCUGAAGAUUUGGAUAUUGCAAGAGAAGAAGCUCUUUUACAUUACAAAAUUCCACUGCAUAGAAAUAUCCUAGAGAUUUUCGGCAUAGUCACAGAUGAAUAUUCUUUAAAACUAAUUUUUGAAUACUGUAACCUUGGAGAUUUACCUAAAUAUUAUCAAUCUAAAGGUGGUAAAUUUACAAUAAAACAUCAACAGCAAAUUAUGCUGCAGUUAGCUGAAGGAAUGGCCCAUCUGCAUAAAAAUAACUUUAUUCACAGAGAUAUUAAACCCGUAAAUAUGCUUGUUACAACUGAUGGAAAUGGAGAAACGAUUUUUAAACUUUCAGACUUUGGCUGUGGCAAAGAAUGGAAAACUACAGGGAAAAGUUUAUUCGAAACUCGGGGCGGAACUCCAUGUUUUUGGGCUCCUGAGUUAUAUCAAGUUGAUCAAACGUAUUCGGAUUCUGUCGAUGUAUUUGCAAUGGGAUUGAUAUUCCUGGCUAUGCUAAAUUAUAGUAGAGAUCCUCUAAUGGCACCUUUAGCCCCUUCGGAAGAGGGUCUAGGUAAACAACCUAUUGGUUUAGCGUUAAUAAUAAGACCUGACGAAAAUUUUAUUGAAUUUUAUCAUGAUGAUUUCCUUCCCGAAAUCGGCGCUCUAAAAGUUAUAAUAAGGUCCAUGAUAAAAUCAAAACCUCAAGAUAGGAUAAGUGCGGAAGAGGUAGUGAAGAAAUUACGAGAUAGUAACGAUCCUUACAUUAAAAAAAGUCCCGAGUUUACUUAUUUUACUGAUAAUUCCGUAUUUGGUCCAAGUCAUUACACACCUAUUUAUCUUGAAAAUGAAUGUUUUCAUUCUCCAAUACACUACGUAAUGUACAAGAAAUGUCAGGUCUUUAAUGACCCAACUCUGGCUCAAAGAGUUCUCACAAGUAACAGCUUCAGAGUCUGGAAGUCUUGCGGAAGAAGUGUGAAAAAUUAUUCUGAUAGAAUAUGGAUGGAUAAAAGACAUAUAUUUCUUAAGGAAGUUUUAAUAAAAAAAUUUACUUCAUCAAGCUAUUUAAACGCCGAGCUCGCCAAGACAAAAGGAACGGAGUUGGUAUAUGCCGAAGCUAAUAUUUGGGGAAUAGGAAAACUUAUAAAUGAUCCUAAUAUCGAAGAUCAGAAUACCUGGGAUUUCAACAAUUUUUACGGUAAGACACUAACCGACGUACGUCAUCAAUUAUUGCAUGCGUGA